UGAAUGAUUCAUUUUGGCUUGUCUCGUUCAUAUGCACAACACAAAUGCCAUCGAUCUACAAUUAAAGCAUAUUUGUUAAUUAUUGUUAAAAUUAUUCUUGAUAUAGAAUAAAACUCAUGUGCAUUUGAUCACAGACAUGAAUCUCAGUUUAGUUUUAACGUUGUUGGCAACUUUUGUUAUAGGUGCCGUGGCCCAGGGACAAAAAUGUGUCAUCCCAAACGUCCUACAGGGAACUUGGUUCAGCUGGGAAGUGGGAGAACCGACGACGACUACCAUAGACGCCGUCUCGUAUGAGCGCCAGGGUCCAAAGCAGGGCCGUAUCAGGGUGGAAUGCGUUGAGAGCAGUCGGAACGGGUCCGACCAUACACUUAUCUUCAAGGGCGACAGUACUUGUUAUACCUGUGUUAAAGCGUUUCCGCGAACGAUAAACGUGUUUGAGAAGUUUGAGACGCCUUGUAUCACACUGCAACCAGGCGAGAAGCCGUCAAUUGAACGGAUAUGUCGCAGUCUCCGGAGGGACCAGCAAUUGAUCACACUUUUCAAUAAAAAUUUCAUACCCAUCACCUGUCGGUCGUCGCUGGAAGGAGUUUGGCAUUUUGCUUAUCAGAAUCGCUUCCGUUUCACCGGCGAGUGUGACAAUCCGGAUGCUCGAAUCCAGUCCUGCCAAACGCCCGGUACGCAGUUCCUAAUUCAGAACCAAAAAUUCAACAUUACUUACCGCCAGUGUCAAGGAAUGGAUGGAACAUUCAACGGUGUGGUCGAAUUCAGUUGCCUCGGAGACUGGUUUAUUGGCAAGAAUCACUAUUUCGCUGUUGUCAACACUAAGGAAUCACGUGAGGAUGAAAAGUAUCGAUGCUUUUUGAAAAAUCGUGACGAUGACCUUUACUUCGGGGCGUCGAUUACGGCUGAGUGCAAUACGCUGAAAACAGUCGAGAAGUCGCCGGAACGCUAUCGUGUUACACCUGUUAAAUCGGAGGUUGUGGAACCGGGAUGUCGAUUCCCGCAGAACUUCACCGGUGAAUGGAUUAACACAGCCAAUAUUGAUGCUGAGGUUGUGAUCAAUGAAACCCACAUAAUUGAGACUUACUUCCCGGACAAAGCUCGUUAUAGAAGAACAGUUUAUGUUUGCCGGGAGCAGCGAGAUUCUAGAAUUAUGACGGCUCGAUUGACAGUGGAUGGUUGCCAAAAAGAUUACGUGUGCUUCGAUUUCGUCCCCAGGCAUCAUAACAUAAUUCGCUACCGGAAAGGUUUGGCUUUCAUCAAGGAUCAUUUCAGCAAGGUUUGCUCGUGGGUACAGUUCCCGAAUAAAGAAGAGUGGCGUUAUGAUCUCUUUCUCGCCGCUAAACCGGUUCCUGUGCGUUGUCCAGUUGCUGGCAAGUUCAAUUUUACCCAGAAGGGAGAAUCACCAUUCAAAACUCGUAUUCUCGGAGGUGUGACGCUAAGUCCACGUCCAGAUAUUCAUUGCAAGCAAAAUAUCUCCGACUUCUCAGUUUGUGACUCCGACCAGAAAGAAAUGGCCAUCGAUGCCGACUAUUGUCUAUCCGUAGAUCAUCUUGGUCGUCCGGUUGACAUCUAUAGUGAUCCCGAUUAUCGCAUGAAGUGUAUUGGUUAUUGGCAAGAAAACCUCAAAUCCUACCUCAUCACAUUCGACGAUUUGGAUCCUCUCUCGAAGUACCGUUGCUGGGUAUACCAAAGAGCGGACCUUAAUCGAGUCCUAAUGUCCCAAGCUGUGGGAGCGUUUUGUAAUGUAAAACAGGAUGUAACUUCGUGGAAUUACACCGAAGGAGCUGUUGUUGCUAUCGAUAUGUUCGAAUACGAACGAGAACGAGACCAGUGCCCCAUGCACUUCGACAAUGGUAGUAAUCCGUGGCAACCUACAGAAACCUACAUCGAGGUUUUUCCUUGGCUAAUAUACCGUAGUGCCACUAGCAGUAUUGACGGGACGAUGAAUGCCUUUUUGGUGUCGUUAGCAGCGCUGUUGUUGAAAUUAUUAUAUUAGGGCUGAAUGAGAAAACUCGGAUAUAAUGUUUAAUUUGAUGUAGUAUUAGAUGUAUCAAAUCGUCUCAGCGCAACAUGUCCGUCCCAUUCAAUUUCUGUCAAAAAUUGAUACUCCCGUGCCUUUUUUUUAUCUAGCAGUAAUUAUUCUAAGACAUUUACACAGAGAAAAAAAAUCAAAUAGUUUCGGUUUUACAAGGCAUUCCAUGUUUCUUCGGAGUUACGUGUAAUAUUGUAAAAUAAUUUAGGAAAAAUAUUGUAAAGAUUUUACGAGCAAUGUCAAAUAAAGUUUUAUUU